AUGAAGUCCUUCACUCUGCUCACAGCCUCUGCGCUGUUGGGCGCCGCCUCUGCCGAGGUCCACAAGCUCAAGCUCAACAAGGUCCCGCUCGACGAGCAGUUGACAGCCGCCAACAUCGAUAGACAUGUCCAGUCGCUGGGCCAGAAGUACAUGGGCUUCCGCCCGAAUUCCGGCUACCAGGACACCUCCAUCAAACCCGAGAGUGGUCAUAACGUGCUGGUUGACAACUUCCUGAACGCGCAGUACUUCUCCGAGAUCUCCCUUGGUACCCCUCCUCAGACCUUCAAGGUCGUCCUGGACACGGGUAGCUCCAAUCUGUGGGUUCCCUCUUCGCAGUGCAACUCCAUCGCCUGCUUCCUCCACACCAAGUAUGAGUCGUCUUCAUCCAGCACCUACAAGAAGAACGGCACCGAGUUCGCCAUCCGGUACGGAUCUGGCAGCCUGAGCGGCUUCGUGUCUCAGGACACCCUGACGAUCGGCGAUCUGCAAAUCAAGCACCAGGAUUUCGCCGAGGCUACCGAAGAGCCUGGCCUGGCCUUUGCCUUCGGCCGCUUCGACGGUAUCCUGGGUCUGGGCUUCGACACCAUCUCCGUCAACAAGAUGGUUCCUCCCUUCUACAACGCGCUGAGCCAGGGUCUUCUGGAUGAGCCCCUGUUCGCCUUCUACCUGGGCGACGCCAACAAGGAGGGUGAUGAUUCCGAGGCUACGUUCGGUGGUGUGGACAAGAGCCACUACACCGGUGAGAUGAUCAACAUUCCCCUCCGCCGCAAGGCCUACUGGGAGGUGGACUUUGACGCCAUUACCCUCGGUGAGAACACGGCUGAGCUCGAGGACACCGGUGUUAUCCUCGACACCGGUACCUCGCUCAUUGCUCUGCCCUCGACCAUGGCUGAGCUCCUGAACAAGGAGAUUGGUGCCAAGAAGGGCUUCACUGGCCAGUACAGCGUCGAGUGUGAAAAGCGUGACAGCCUGCCUGACCUCACCUUCACCCUGGCCGGCCACAACUUCACCAUCGGCCCCUACGACUACAUCCUAGAGGUCCAGGGCUCCUGCAUCAGUAGCUUCAUGGGCAUGGACUUCCCUGAGCCCGUGGGCCCCCUUGCUAUUCUGGGUGACGCGUUUCUGCGCAAGUGGUACAGCGUGUACGACCACGGGAAGGGCUCUGUUGGCUUGGCCAAGGCCAAGACCAGCUAA